GUAGGAUCAAUGGGCUUGAAGCAGCACACACAUGAAGACAAGCCUGAAAAUGCGCUGCUCUUAAUAUCAAAUUACUCAAGUCAACAAAAGCUAGGUAAUGGGCUAGCAAUAGUGGAGAUGUCAUCUUAUUCAUCUCAAGUACUUGGUGUUAUGUGUUAUGUGGGAGACUAGGAGCCCUGAAGGCCCAGAACUGGUUUCCUGAUGUCUAUGUCAUCCACGUGGAGCUUCAGAAGAAGAAAUGCAGGCAAUUCAAAGUGGGAAGGUGUCUAACCAAAAAACUUAGGUAACAGCAGACAACAAAUUCUAUGCUAGUGUCUGCUACAGUGCUUCUAGAUCAGUUAUGUGCUUGUGCACAUAUGCACUCUCAAUGUGAGGAACUCCUCCCCCUGUUUCCCCCUCCUCUCUUUUCCUUCACUGUCAGAUUAGCUAACUAAUCUGUUGCUGACUUUCCUUGCCUAUCUAUUCCAGGUAUUUGCCAACCCUUGGAUACAAGUGGAUAUUACACUUUGAGACUUAGAGUAUAAGACAAGCAGUGAAGUCUCAAAAGCAGGAAUCCCAGAAAAUGAAUUAUUAUUGUGUCUGGUCCAUAACCCACCAGUAUUACAGUCUAUACCAAACCCUUUACAGUCAAAGCAAACAUAAUCCAAAUAUAAACUGCAAUAGCUUGCAAGCAUUAUUAUAGUUCUAAUAUAAUAUCAACCUACUAGGAGAUGAUAUAAAAGAAAUGAACUGAAUAUCAGUGUUUGGGGUUUAUAUGUUCAAUAUCCCCUCUAAAAUUACAAGGUACGCUCUUUUAUGGAUCUAAAAUAAUGCCAUUUUUCUACAUAAAAGCUGCAUGUCUUUCUUUAUUUCAACAUAAAUAUAUUUUCAUUACAUAGAAUGCUCUUGUUACUGUUGAAAACAUCUCCAUGGGAAAAGUUCAAAAUCUAGGCCAUGCAUAUAUGUACAUACCACCUGUUUUUGAUCUGGUGGACAAUUUCCAUCAGAUGUCACCCAGUGUACUCCUACAAACCAUAAUUCCACUAGCUGGGACCCAAUGUACCCAGGCAAACCACUGGGGCUAUCCUAGUAUAAGCAAGAGCAGAGGAAACCACCCAGGGAGCAGAUGAUGUUUAGCUUGUUGGAACUGGCAAAGGGAAUCUGCUUACCCCUGGUUCUUCCUCAAACAAAUUGAGGACAGCCACCUUUCUAAGCUUUACCUUCAUGCACAAUCUGCACCUUGUAUUUUCAUCGUUAAAUUUAGGGAUAGAAGUUCAUGCAUUUAAGUCUGACCCCGCACAAAAAAAUCAUUGAAGUAUCAUUAAUCUAACAUAAAUGUAAGUGGAAGAAACAAUAACAAAAUCAUAACAAAAAAUCAUUUGUUAUAAUACAAUAGGCAAAAAACCACCCAUUGUAUCAUAACAAAUCAUACCUGUAGUCAGUGCUUUUUUUUUAGGGGGUGCUCAAGGGUAUGCAGUACCGGCAUCUCUCUUUUUUGUUGUUAAAGGUGUGGCACUUAGCGUAACAACUUCAUGGUGAGUACUGGCACUUAUUUUUCUAGGGAAAAAGCACUACCUGUAGUACUAGAUGUUACCUCCAGCAUGCUUCUGAGAUUAAUAUUCUAUUUAGACAGACACCUCUGCACACAUAGAUUAGGUAUAUACACACACAAGAGAGUCAGCUAGAUGCAGAGUGUCAGUGGUAUGACAAGAGACUUGGGAACCAAUCUAUUGCAAAUCAGUCAGCAAUUGACCAGGCACCCAAGAGUCACCCUACAGGUUAUACAUUGGUUGGAAGAGAUCUUAUAUGAAAUUCACACCCUAGAAACUCAAUUCACAUAUUAGAAACUCAACAUUUUGAGGGUCAGGUGAGUCAUCCUGGGAUGUGAAUGUCAUGUAAAACCUCUUUCUACCCACAUAAACUUCCUGAGGCAGGGGGAGUCUUUUCCUUGGUCGAUUGCUGGCUGCUUCACAACAGAAUAGUUCCAGAGUCUCUUGUUUUACUAGUGACACUCUACAUCUAGCUAGCUCCCAUGUGUGUAUAUAUAAUCUAUAUCUAUAUAAGUGUGUGGGCAUCUGUGUAAAUAAAAUAUUGAAUCUUUACUACUGGGAUUUUUUUCAGCUUAUUUCACUUUGACGGUGUUGGCGGUGUUCAGUUACGGUGCUUUAACAUGUCUUUAUACAGAUUUCCAUUAUGUUCUUUUUAAUGGAGACAAGAAUAUUUCCCUUUCUCUUUCCUGAAACAAACUCUGUACCAUGUUGCUAUUUAAUGAGCCAUUGCCUAGUCUAUGUGAAGCGGGUGGCUUGAAUAUAUUUCUCCCCCUCAAAUGUUUACUGGAUGAGAAUGAGUUGACUUUCGAUGUAGAAAAUUAUUAUUUGCCAGAAGUACUGCAUUCAUGGCUGAAUAUGUGGGUAGUUAAGGCGAAGACAGCAGGCAUUCUACUGCCUAUUAAAUCAGGUUUCUUCUUUUGGAAAAGAAAUGUUUUAGUAAAAAAACACCUGUCAUUAUAAGGCAAGGGAAUGAAAUUCAUUCCUUGAAAAAAACUAAUCCAUAAGUUUGCACAUUUCAUCAGACUAUAAGGAUAGUAUUUGACUAAUUCAUACUGUGAAUAUGAAUAUGUUGGAUGCAACCCUACGUCUUCAGUCAGACACUUUGUGAUUGUAGGAAUAACUGCACAAAGACACUAUGAUCUUGAUAGCUAAGUGAGUUAAUAAGUAACAAAUGAGUAACUGCCAUCUAAAUAAUUCAGCAAAACAGUUAAUGGAUCAAGCCUAAUUAAGACCAAUUAUUUUAGACAGAACCUCUAAAAUCUAAGACCACUAGACAGAUUUAUUUGUUUACUUCAUUUAUAUGUGGUACAGCACUUUGCAAAUGUCAUAGGUGGCUUACAACAGACAAAUAGAUAAAAAUGCAUAAAUUCAUAAAGUAACAUAAGCCUUUUAAAUAGGUGUGUUUCGGAAGGCUUUGGCCCACCAGAUGUUGCUGCACUGCAACUCCCGUCUUCCCUGGCCAUUGCCCAUUCUUGCUAGGACUGAUGGGAGUUGUAGUUCAGCAAAAUCUGGAGGACCAAAAGUUCCCCACUCCUGCCUUAAAGCAGGGGGCCAAUCAAAUGCCCCUCCCUUAUAGUCACUUUUAACGACUUGUCUUUUGUUUCUGUUUUAUGUGAGUUAUAAUCACCUUUAACUAUUAGCUUUUAUCCCUUUCCUCUUUAAGUCUUAUAAGGUUUGGUGGUGAUGAAUGCCCCUGGAAAUCUCACAAGUGGCUUGUGACAGGGACAGCCAUCUCCUUUACCUGUUGCUGGUGUCUAGAGCUUACAGCUAAAAAUAAUUAAGGCUGCAUUCCUACACACUUACAAUGGACCUCACUUCUGUGAACACAUGGGUAAGAUUGCUCUGAAAAAGAUCUAUCAUCUAUGAAUUUGUCUGCUCCAGGCUUCCUCAAACUCAGCCCUCCAGAUGUUUUUGGCCUACAACUUCCAUUAUCCCUAGCUAGCAGGACCAGUGGUUAGGGAUGCUGGGAAUUGUAGCCUCAAAACAUCUGGAGGGCCGAGGUUGAGGAAGCCUGGUCUACUCCCUUAAAAAAAAUAAAUCAGCAUUUUGUAAUGAUGUGAGUUGUGCAAAAAGUACUACCUAAUAUCAGUUAUGAGCUUGAGCAUUUUCAGCGGCCUUCUCGAACCUAUGAUCAGUAGAUAUUGUUGGACUACAAUUCCCAUCAUCCCAUCCAGCAUGGUCAGUGGGCAGACAUGAUAGUAACUGUAGCCCAAUGACAUCUGGGAAAGCCUAUUCAGAGAAAAAUAGUAAUUUCUUUAUUUUAAUGCUGAAUGUAUGAGCACACGAAGCUGCUUUGUAUCCAGACAGACCAUGGCUUCUUACCCCAGGAUUUUCUUACUAGAACUUGAAAGGAGGGGGGGAAAACCCUUCUUCAGAAUAUGUAAUAUAUAUUGCAAGCUGUCUUCAGGAUGAAACAGGAACAUUAAGAAUAAUAAUUCAGUAUUAAUCCAUUAUCACAAAAUGUUUCCCCGAGCACAGCAGAGUUUAGGAUAUUCCCAUCCGAACAGAACAGUGUAAAGCAGAAAGGGGAUAACAGAAUGUUUUGCCAUAAAUUAAGAAUGACUGUGUUGGAAAGUAAAAAGCAAAUUAAUUCUAGCAACUAUGAAGUUCAUAUUUUAACUUCUCUAGUUAUACAUACUAUUGAGAACCGAUAGCUGACUUUUUAGUACCAAAUCAGCUUCUGGGCAUUUCCAUUUAGAUGAGAAAGGCUGUCUUAGCUCUUUAUAAAUCCCCAAGCUGGGAAAGAUACAAAGUGUAUUAGCACCUGGUACGCUCUUAAAAGUUUAUUGUCCAAAAAAUUGAAAACUCUUUGCAAUUGUUUUAAGCAAAUGUGGUUGUAUCUUAAUUUGUCGUAAUGAGGGAGAUGCUCAUUACAGUGUCUCUCUUCUCUGCCCCAGGGCACCUGUGAAGAUUAUAUUUUUCAUCUCAAUGGAUCUUUGCUUUUGCUGAACUCCUUAAAAUACCCAGGCAUACUAUACCUCCAGAAGGCUGCAAUAGCAUUUGCUUGACUUAAUUACUGCAUUGCUUUUUAGUAAUUGACAGGUGAUAAUACUGGUGUUAAUCAAGAUACUGCAUCACAAAGUCAAAUUAUAAUCGUAAAACUUUUAUAUUGAGAUGCGUAUUUCAUAUCUAAUUGCACCACAAUAACCAGGGCAGAUUAUUUCCUCCUGCUGUAUUGUUUUCUGACCUGUGAUAUGGCUAUACUCCUUCUAUCCUUAUAGCUUGCUUAAAGUACUUCUGUGUGAAUAGUGAAAUUAUUAUAUCACGAUUCCCUGCAAUGUUAACGGCUGCACUACAACUGCUGCUCACUUAGAAGAGCAUCCAGAUAACUUAUGCAUGAAUUUAUUACUUGGGUCAAUUUUGCUGGACCUUGUAUCCUAGGGCUGCCAUACAUCUGGAAUAUCCAAAAGGAAAAUGUCCACUUUGUCCUGGAUCUUAGCUCAACAAUUUUGGGGGUGUCCUGGUUUUUACUUUUUGAAAUAUGGCAACCCUGUAAUUCAAAAAAUGACUGGGAAAGUGAUGUCAUAGACUGAGGCUCAUGUAUCUAGUAUUGGAAUGCAACUAGACUCAUCAUCAGCCAAGUAACUGUCUCCAUCUGGAAUAUCGCUGAAAACUAGUACUUAAAAAUAUUGUUUUAAAUUGUGAAAAGAAGCUACAAUCACAUCUACUCCUAUGCCAAAUUUUGUCAAUAGCAAUUAGCUUUUAUUGCUAGGAUGGAUCUUCCAGAUUCAGAGGCAGUACAACCUUGAUUACUAAAAAUAGGUUAAAUCUAAGUGGCCCUAACUAAAUUUUCUUGCUUGUGUUGCAUAGGUGAUGUUCAAGACAUGUUGGGAUACAGAGCAGGGGUGUUGCUGAGCUACAACUCCUACUAUUCUUGACCACUGGCCAUACUGGCUGAGGCUGAUGGGAUCCGUAGUCCAAUGUCUAGAUGGCCACAGGAUACUCUCUAGCCCAAGGGUGGCUAUUUUGGCUUGCCAUGACAAAUAGAAAUGCUUGACAUAAAUUCAGGCAUUACCUUAUUUACAGUCUGCCCUUCACCAUACGGUCCCAGAGCAGAAAUAUAUUACAUAAAAAUCAUUUUUUUUAAAAAGCACUGCGAAAUUUUGCAAUAAAAAAACAGAACCUCAGGAAGAUGUAAAAGCAGGCAAUAAAAUUAUCUGAGCAGCUCCAUACGGCAAACCUUCCCAAAGUCCUGCCUAACAAGGUGUCUUAAUGGUUCCCUACCACUUUACAGCAUUAAAAGUCCAUAAUAUACACUGCCAGCCAACCCUAUUCAUAUUAUUCCCCAAGCUGCACAUGAGAGAGGGUUGUUUAGGCCAAGGGAUAAUGGGGCUUACCAAAGCCUCCUUCUGUUUAUAUGGUCCUGCCCCAUAACCUAUUAAAUGCAUUCCAAAUUUGUCUUUUCUCACACUAGAGUUUGAUGAAAUCUUGUGCAACUGUGUUCAUUCUACUCUAUUCUCUCUCCACAUUCCCACUCUGCUGUUUAUUCAACAACAUAACUCAAUUGUCUUUUUAAGCAAUCUAUUAAGUUCUGGAAUGUUUUCUUCUGGAGACACAUUUCAUAGUCAAAGCCACUGGGGUUCCGUUGCAGUUCAGUUGCGCUCUUCCUCACUAGAAACAUUAACAAAUACUGCCAGGUUUAAUUUAUAGAUGCAGAAGGAACCCCUAAAUCACUGCAGCAUUCUCUACCCAGCCUUGUUCAUCAGGCUCAAAAAUAAUUUAGCAACUCCUUAAUUAAUUCCUAAUUGACAUCCUUGGGUCAUUACGCCAACACUUUCAUUUGGCUGUAUACCAACAGACAGCGGCCUAGGGGAUAUUUGGCUUAUAAGAUUUCUCCCAGGAUGUCCAAUAAAACUUUUCCUUUCAAAAGUAAAUUUUAUUGCUAUUGUUACUGCCAGUUAUUAAACUGAAUAACAUCCAAAUCCUAAACAAAUUUACUUUUAAAAAUCCCCACUUGCCAGAAAAGGAGAAUUGGGGGGGGGGGGUCAUAACUGGACCUCCCACUGUUUCAUUUUUAAAUGCGGGAUCAGAUUAUGUUUAACAUAACACUGCAACACAAAAUCAUCUCACUGCAGCUGCUAUUUGUGCCACUGGGCUGAAACAUAUACCGGUAGGUGUGUUCUUCCAAAGCAACUUACAAGCAACCCCACAUAGAUGCAUUAAAACGGGGGGGGGGGGUGUUACAUUUAAAAUAUCUCACCCACUUCUAAUAGGCCAAAGAUAGUUAUUGCCUGGUGAUUAAUGUGGCUCUCUGAAGCAGUGCAAACUACAGUUGCAGUUUAUAGGAGAGUUAUUUUGCUGUUUAAUCACUCAACUAUUUAUUAUUUUUACAUGUUCCCAACAACAUCCGACUAUUUCAUACAGCGAAGCGCAAGAAAGCUAAGUGGGAGCUGCCGACAGGCUCAGCUCUCUGAUGAGUGCAGAGCCAGUUCAAAGUUGAGGGGACCCUCAGCAAAGUGUUCUCUGGUGAGACCCUCCUUCAUCAGCUGGCAACUCCAAGAGGCUUACCUGGAGAUGGGAACAGCAGGUGCCAAUAGAAGCCCUCCAAUGUAGCCGCCAUUAUAAUUUCUCGCAGUGACUCCAAUGAAGAAUCAUUCUGCGGCAUUCUGGUAAAUUUUAAGAAGGGAUCCCAGACUUAAAUUGUCCACUGAAAAAAUUUUGCUUUAAGGGUGGGCCCAGAGCAGAUAUUAGCAGUGGACCCUGCUGGAAUACUGGGACCUAGCAGUUGCCUGAUGAUCCACAUUCUAUGGACUGCAGGAACAGAACGAGCGGCAUUGAAGAAAACAGCAACAGAGUCCACAACCACUCAGUUUCCCUUAUUGGUGGCAAUGAAGAUUAGGCCCAGUCUGGCCUCUUUACUUGUUCAUCCACCUGCUCUUGCAGGAAAUAAAGCAGCCACAGCUGAGGAGAAUGAUCAGCUGCCCCUGAUAGCCAUUGGCUCUCUCAAAAGGAAAGCUGGUCACAGUGAGGAGCAGUUGGGCCCACUGAGACCCCAUCAAAACAAGAGCUGGUCCUCAACAGGAGCAGAAUAAUAUGGUCCAAAGCAAGGUGAAAGGAACAGUUAAUUGCAAUGCAAUUUUAGUGCUUCAUAAUGUCCUCAGAGCCACCAAGCAGGCCAGUUUAAGGCAUCCUUUUUUUUUAUGAAUCUCUCAGUGAUCUGUUAAUAAGGAAUUGCUGGAAUUUGUUGGUCUGGACAGCACAAACCUUUUUUAAAAAAAACCAGCACUUCUGUCCUACCAUGUGCCUAAAGGAGUGGGAGAAACCUAUUAUAUGAACACCUGGCAGAAGAAUAACCCAGAGACCUUAAUUAUUUCACUGGCAUUUUACAUUGCCAGCUCAUUAUACUGUGUUAUUAAAUGGACACAGUGGCACAACACUAAACUUUAAAGCAAGAAACCCCCAGAUUCAUUUAAUGUUUAUUUAUUUAUUUAUUGUCAUUAAAAAUGCCACAAAGAGUGCUAAAAUUUUUAUAUACAAGUUCCACAGGCAAAGCUGGCUGCAAUUCCAGUGCUUGUGAGCAUGCCCUGCAAUUCUGUGUUCAUGUACUUGGUAGUUACGGUAGUUGCACUGGGUUCAGUUGUGCUGCCCAAGACUAGAAAACAUGCAUUUAAUCAAUUAGACUGCAUGCACAACUUUAUAUUAUCCCCCCCUCCCUGUUAUCUGAUAGCAUAAAGGUAGAGCUGGAUCAGAAGAUAAUUGGGUUUAUUUAGCUGGAUACACAAUCUAAUCUACUGCACUAUAAAAAGAAUGAUUCCCCUUUACUUAAAGCUUAAUUUAACCCUUGGGCAAUUCAGUAGAGAUUUUUAGAGUCCCCCUGGGAUUUUUAGAAUCCCAGAAGCUUCCCUUUUGAACAUAUCCCUUUCAUCUUAAGAGGUUCUGGCCAGGUUGAGCUACAGUGGGAAAUAAUUGUUUUCUGCUAUGAGAAGAGCUGUGGUGAGCCUCAGCUAGCAAACCCUCCUUCCCCUUUCCCCCUUUCUCAUGCCUUUUUGGAGAUCAAAAGCUUUUGCUUUAAUUUUGAACUAACCACUAUUUUGGAAAACAAAACAGUGAGCAGGGCAGAUUUGUUCAACGACUUCUUUUUACUUUUUGUUAAGUGCAUUAAGAGGCAAUAUCUACUGUGAUCAUGCCUCACUUAGAUGUGUUUCAAUAGUGAGGAAUCCAUGGCUCUCCAAGUAACUCCAGUUCCCAUCAGCUCCAUCUAGCAGUGCCAAUAGUCAAGGAUGAUGGGAGGUCUAGUCCAACAAUACCUGAGGCCACAUAUUCCAGAACCCUAGUAUUUUAUUCUUUUUUUAUCCCUACCUUUCCUGGCACAUAGAACAAACUAGGUUGGACCUGAACUGCAGCUAACUUUAUUUUACUUAAUCCAUAUUAGGAGAACCCAGAGCUUUUUGCUUUGAAACUUGAGGGCAUAGUAAUUGAGUUCUGGCCAUGUACAAAUGAUAUCCACCCUUACACAAUUGUUUGAAUAGUCCCUUCCUUUCAUCACUGAGGUAUGAGCUCUUCAUUUACAUAGGCACAGUUCAGAAAUCAAUGUUUUGCAUUAUACAAGACACAUUUAAAUAGGAGGGGGGCUAGAAGAAACAAGGUUAAACUAAUGCUAGGCUUCUUUGCACAAGCACUUGAUGGGUUUCCAUCCCAUAAAAACAGUAACCUGCUGUACGAAGCUGUCACGACAAUUCCUUUCGUGCAUUUGAAACAUGUAAGCUUCUAAUUUAUGUGGUGUAAUAAACAGGCACUCCCUAAGGCAGAUAA